AAUCUGUCAACCUCAAACUUCACAAAUUAUUAUUACCUUUUUUUUUUCUUUUAAUUUAGAUGAAGAACGGAUUCGAUUCAUAUCGUUACUGCUUGGAAACCGGUGGUAGGCAAACUACGCAGGAUCGGGAUUAUUCUAAUAGUCGGCGGUCAGUGAAGCAUAGAAGAAGGGAAGAUGAUGAGGAGAUUCAUUACCGCCGAUCAUCAAAUAGACGAAAAGAGGAAAUCAGAUGCAGCAGGCGUGAUAUUCCGUUGGACAUUAACCAUUGCCGGUCAUCAAAUAGAAGAAGAAGAAGAGAGGAGAGCAAUGAUAUUUCAGGCCGGUUAAGAAGAAUAGAGGAGUGCAACAGCAGACUGGAUGUUUCCUUGUUGGAGAUUAAUUGUGGCCGGUCAUCAUUCAUUCUAGAUAAGGUGGAUGAUAAUAAUAAUAUUUCCUUGAAUUUCCGUUCUUCUUAUAGAAGAAGAAGAGAAGAUAGCAGCAAGAACAACAUGGAUGAUGGUCGCUCAGUUAUCAAGGAGGAUACCACCAACGUGAUCAGUAAUAGCAAGUGUGGUGAUGAUGAGAUCAAUGCCACUCCAGUUGGUACUUUUCCUUGUUUUGUCGAUGAUGGUAUAGUGAUAGAGAUUCUCAGCAGACUUCCCACGAAAUCCCUGUUACGGUUCAAGUCAGUAUGCAAACAUUGGCUGUCUUUGAUUACGCAGGAUCAACACUUCAUUCAUUUACACUCUAUCCACUCGAAAUCACGUCCGAAUCUUCUCUGGAUCGCUCCAAAGCCGCAAAAAGAAGACACUGACACCCUAACUCAGGGUAUUCUGUCAGCAAAGUUAUCAUCUGUUACAACAACUGGUGGUGAGGCAAAAGUUAUUAUUCAUAAUUUUAAGAAGACAACCGAUGAUAAUUGGUUUAAUUAUGAUUAUCUUUUGGGACCGGUGAACGGUCUGGUUUGUUUCAUACACUGGAAAACAGCAGCUGCUAGGAUAUACAAUGUCAGUACAAGAAAAGUAACACCAUGGAUCAAAUCAACAUUAUUAGCAGAAGAAAAACAUAAAUUUGAGAGUGAAGACAAUCCAUUAAAAUUAGUGAGUAAUUUUCUUCCGAUAUAUCAAUUUGGGUUCGAUCCAGAGAAGAAGGAACACAAGCUUUUCUGCUUUUGGAGAUUAUCUGCUACAGAUGACAGCCCUUUUACCAGGUUUUAUAGUGACUCUGAUAGUGGCUAUGCAAGUUGGGAGGCAUUCACCGUGGGUCGUGACACUGAAUGGCGAAGGAUCAGUGUGGUACCUGAUGAGAACAACUUGAUAAAAAUUAAGGAGGUGCUCCCUCCAUAUUGCCGCGGGAAAAAGUUUGUGCAUGCAAACGGUACCAUAUAUUGGAGAAACAAGCUUAUGAACUUUGUCGAAGACCUUGAUGAUCCAUUAUGCCUUAGGGACUAUGUUCCUAGUGAUCCUGACGUCAUAAUUGGAUUUGAUGUUGGGAGUGAGAAGUUCAGGGUUAUCCCAAUUCCUAGUUUCAUCCUUGAUGAUCCUCGUGAAAAAAUGUUUAAACGGCCUAUUGCUAUGCUAAUAUUGGGUGGGCGCGUAACUCUAAUCUACGCAUUGAGCAGUAGCAUUCUUAAGCUGUUGAUGUUAGACGAUGGAGUCGAGAAAAAACUGGAGAAUUGUCAAGGAAAAGGAAGUAGUAAUUGGAGCACAGAAACUAUUACACUACCUUAUGAUUUCGAUACCGGGUGUUUACGUUUUGAUGGAGUUCCAACAAGCUCUGACAAGAUAUUAAUCUCCGUACUGAUCCCCACAUAUGGAGUAAUAGGUGGUGGCAUACAUAAAAAGAUGAGCUGUUUAUAUUCUUAUGAUCGCAAGACAAAGACUUUGGAGGAGAUUGAGAUGGACGGAAUCUUCUCGAUUCCUCCCCUUCACUGUAAUAGGUCUCUAUUUACAACUUAUACUGAAAGCCUAGUUCCUGUGUUGCCUCAACAAGGCAGAAGUCGUUAAUCAGAAUUUGGUUUUAUUUCUAAACAAUUCAUUUUGUUGUUGGUUCUUUUUAAGUUGCGGAAUAUGUCUUGUGUCCUGUAAUUUACUCUCCUGUGUAAAUGUGAAAUAGAACUUGUUGUUCGAACCUCCUGUGUAAUUGAGAUG